GGAGAGAGAGAAGCUGCGAUAGAGAGAGCAUCUGCUGCUGCAGAAAACAGAGGGGGGGAGAGAGCGGAGGAGGAGGAGAGAGAGAGUGUAUCAGUGCUGCUGGAGAAGAGCGAAGAGCUACAGAGAGAGGGCAGGGAAGAAGGUGCGCUUGUCUCCGAUUGCAACAUUCACUCUCUGUCACAUUAACAAGGUGUGUGUUCAGCUUCAUCUCAUUCUGUCUCUCUCUCUCUCACACACACACACACAUACAGCCGUGGUGCUGCAGAGACAUGCUGUGAAAUCCAGCAGCAUCAUCGGGACGGACUCACGGCAUCAGCGCAGCGCUGAUAUCAUCGGUCAGCACUGACAACAAUAACAAGGAGCAGGGAAGACAACUACACAGGCAUCACGCUGGGGUCCGCAGAGUGCGCGGGCCGGCCAGAGGCCAUGAGGCUGGUCCAUAAUGCAGAGAAACAGUCUUUCUCCUUUAAGAAGUGCUCUGCCUUCCAGUUUGUCAAGAGGAAGGUGCGCAGGUGGAUGAGGAAUCCGAAGGUGAAUGUGGAGAAGGUCCAGGCUAAGGGCUUCCUGUCUCCAUGUCCGAAAUGUCAGGAGGGGCAGGACCUGUGGUACACGCACUUCCCAGCACCUUACGGCUGCUGCCACUACAGUCCUGGAAGAUACUACCUCCCUCACCCCCCCAGCCCUCUCUGUCAGCCCUGUGCCCCCUGCACACCCUGCCAGCCGGACAAGAACAAGACGUGCAAGCAGGUGAGAAAAUGGAAGAUGCUCAGUCGACAUCACAAUGAUAGUAAGGUGAGGGAGGCAGAGUCCGAGGGGCAUGUGAUCUGCCCCUGGGCGAUGUCUCCCCUGCUGGGAAGCCCCGUACUGCUGGAAUGUUGCAUCUGCAACGGGCCCUUCAUCACUUACGGGCACGAGGAGGCAUGGCAACCACGCCAACGCACACAGGCAAUGGACCUCUACUACCAUGGAGACCCUGAGUCUGAUUAUUGUUGUCCCUCUGACACCACCUUUAUGAAACAGAGGAAGAUGGGACUGAAUGACUUUAUCCAGAAGCUUUCCACAAACUCUUAUGCAUGCAAGCAUCCUGAGGUCCAGUCCAUCUUGAACUUGACACCUCCACAAGAAGCUGAACUGAUGAACAGCAACCCUUCCCCACCGCCAAGUCCUUCUCAGCAGAUAAACCUCGGUCCUUCUUCCAACCCCACCGCCAAACCGUCGGACUUUGACUUCCUCAAGGUCAUCGGAAAAGGCAGCUUUGGCAAGGUUCUUCUGGCCCGCCACCGGAGCGAUGAGAAGUUCUAUGCAGUCAAGGUGCUGCAAAAGAAAGCCAUCUUAAAGAAAAAAGAGGAGAAACACAUCAUGUCUGAGCGCAACGUGUUACUGAAGAAUGUCAAGCAUCCUUUCUUGGUGGGCCUGCAUUACUCCUUUCAGACUGCUGAUAAACUCUACUUCGUACUGGACUACAUCAACGGCGGAGAGCUGUUCUAUCAUUUGCAAAGGGAGCGAUGCUUUCUGGAGCCACGUGCGCGGUUCUAUGCAGCCGAGAUUGCAAGCGCCUUGGGGUACCUGCACUCGCUGAACAUCGUGUACCGAGACCUGAAGCCCGAGAACAUUCUCUUGGAUUCACAAGGACACAUCAUUCUGACUGACUUCGGCCUGUGCAAAGAGAACAUAGAACCCAAUGGAACGACAUCAACAUUCUGUGGAACACCAGAGUAUUUGGCACCUGAGGUGUUACACAAGCAGCCGUAUGACCGGACGGUGGACUGGUGGUGUUUGGGCGCAGUGCUGUAUGAAAUGUUAUAUGGCCUGCCUCCGUUCUACAGCCGUAACACAGCAGAAAUGUACGAUAACAUCUUGAACAAACCACUGCAACUUAAACCCAACAUAUCCAAUGCUGCCAGACACCUGCUGGAAGGCCUGCUGCAAAAAGACCGAACCAAGAGACUGGGCUUCACUGAUGACUUUACUGAGAUCAAGAACCACAUGUUCUUCUCUCCCAUAAACUGGGAUGAUCUAAAUGCCAAGAAGCUCACGCCACCCUUCAACCCUAACGUGACGGGACCUAGUGACUUGCGACACUUCGACCCUGAGUUCACCGAUGAGCCGGUGCCAAAUUCAAUCGGCUGCUCCCCGGACAGCGCUCUAGUCACAGCCAGCAUCACUGAGGCGGCCGAGGCUUUCCUAGGAUUCUCUUACGCCCCUGCCAUGGAUUCCUACCUGUAGCCCAUCGACGCAGAAACGCCAUCCCAUAGACUCUUACCUGUAGCUCAUUACCAUGGAAGCACUUUCCCAUGGAAUCACACCUGUAGUGCAUCACUAUGAGAAAAGAAACCCCGUCUCAUUUCCCUGCCUCCAGAUAGGGGGCAUUUGCACAUGGCAUAUGGCAGCUCAAAAGGCCUUUGUUAAAAGGCCUGAGUUUUACACAUAAAAAAAAGACUUGUCAUCAUCAUCGUCUGCAUCCAAAUGCACGAUUUCUCCUCCGCUUUCACCCCGGGUUGUGUCAGUUGGGGGGAAAAAGAAAGAGAGAAGAUUGAUGCUGAUGGACGUUUAUGUACUUUUCCUUUCUUGAGAUUUAUUUCCAUCUUAUUUACUUUAAUAGGAUUGUCUGUGCUAGACUUCAUUGUUUUGGAUGGAUUGAAUGUGUGUGUAUGUGCCUUAAUUUUAACACCCCUUCACACGUGUUUGUUUAAUCUAAAUCAUGUGAUCUGGCAUCUCAGUCUGUGUCAGAUAUAAAUACAGUCAACAUGACGCUAAAACCACUAAAAUAUAUCAGCAUCUGAUGUUUCUGUGACCUUUCAGUUUCGCAUCUGGGAUCAAGUUGCACAUUUAUCGUCCUAAUUUAAAGAGCACUUCCUUUUUUUGUGUUUUUCUUGUUCUUUUGACAGAAGGUGCUAGAGGAAUGUGCUGCUGGUGUUUGUAGAUACGCACCUGGACCAAGGAAUACGAUGUCUCUGUCCCACCUUAGUCUUCCUAGGAUGUACAGUAAUCGUACAGCUCAGAAAUGGGCCAGUUUGUCUGAACAUCACAUUCCUUUGAAUAAGACUUUAUGGUUAUUUAAGUUUGUUUGUAUAUUUUAAGGUCUAUGUAUUAGUUUUAAUGUAUAUGGAACAAAAACCUAAUGUAUGCUUAUAUGUAACUAUAAAUGUACUGUAAAAUUGUAAAAUGUUUGGAUCAUGUGACCUUGUUUGGUUCGCAAUAAAACUUUAUGGUUAUUUUUCCCCAAAACAA